AUGGCGACCACCCGCCGCAACGGCCAGCUCCCCUCCUGCGAGCCAUGUCGCAAAUCCAAACUCCGCUGCGACCAUUCCACUCCGAUCUGUAAUCGCUGCAUCCGCCGUGGUCGCGCGGACAUGUGUCUCUACCAUCCUGCACCCCUGACGAAAUUCCGCGAAGUCAAGGCAGCAGCAAUCCGUAAGCCCAGGCAGAAGUUGAGCACCAGUCAGAGUGUCUCUCCGGCUGUGGGUGACGUGUCUGUCGCGGCGUCUCCGUCUCAUACGCUGACGAUCGGCGAGUCGCAGGCCUGGGAGAAGCGGCCUUCCGCUAAUCCAGGCUUUCUGGGCCUCACGAGCUACUCGGACACCGUUACGGGGUAUGCAGGGGUGCUGGACUACGCCAUGCGGCACGCAGUCGAGCUUGAGCCGCGCGAAGACGGGGCCGGAUCGAGUGCUGCGAGUGUUGAUUCAGGGCAGAUGGAGCUUGGGGCGCAGGUGCUGAUGCUGCUAGAGCAUUUGCCGUUGUUUGAGGAAAUCAUGGAGAAGCGGAUCGCUGUGUGGGAAGGUGUUAUCUUUGGGCCCCAGCUCUUCCGGGCGAUGUUCAAGACAAUUCGCGAAGUAUACCGAAAUGCGACGGAAGGGGUGGAAGACAAAUAUCCCUGUCUGCUGGAGCUAGCGAGGUUUGUCUUCCAGAAUACAGCGACGGAAAUUGUGGUGCAUGCGUCCAUGACCCUGUCCGAGUACAUAUCUAUGGUUGCUGCUCGAUGGGAUACGCUCUCCCUCUUGCUUUCCUCGAUGGGUUAUGCCGUCUACCAGAUUCCCCAUGACGACCCCGUCUUCCAAACUGAAGGCAUGCCCGGAAAAGAUAGAAAGGGACUCCGUCGCAUCGCGAUGGCAGCAAGCGAUAUUUGCCUACAAUUUUGUGAUAAAUCUGGGACAAUCGGUGACCCUCUUUGCUGGGCCACGCUCCAGCAAACAGGUUUUGUCUUCCAUACAUUUGGCACUAGUGACUAUCGAACAUGGCAGAAACUUGGAGACUUAACGACCAUCAUCUUUGCGCUUGGCCUCCACCAGGUGGGAGACAACACCAAUAUCCCCUUUUUCCUAUCUGAGAUACGCAAAAGAGCAUUGGUCGGCGCAUACGCAAUUGACAAGGAUCUGGCUAUCUUCCUUGGACGUCCUCCACGCAUAUGCCGCCGGUAUUGCAACAUUCAGUAUCCAUUGGACCUAAGUCACGAGGAGAUGAUAGCUAGUCCUGGUGUGCGACAGCAGGCCUUGGCCAAACUCGACGCCCGCGGCUGGAACAAGGAAGAGAAGCUAUCCAAGGGGGCGAGAGGGCGAUGUGUCCUACUCUCGAGCUUCAUUCGAGAGGAGAUACUUGAGUUGUCUCUUACCCAUCCGAUCGAUGACUUGGACCAACAAGCCGAAGCUGUACUCAAAAGAGCGCACCAGUGGCGCUCCGACCUGCCUUCGUUUCUACAUUGGACUGCUGAUGCCAACAACCCGGACCUUGGGUCAUUGCACCUCGAAUUCCUCUACCAGGACUUUCUGAUCUACCAGACUGUUGCCAAACGCACGGGCAAGAAACACGACUCGUUGAUCAGCACCUCCCUCGAGAUUGUCAGCUGUUGCCUCGAGCUGGUUUCUCGGCAGAUGCGCUCCCUCAAGAUGCACAUGUUCACCAUUCUCGAUCUAUGUUAUGUCGGCCUCCCAGCCGCCGGCACCCUCGCGACCGAGCUCCUGCGCCGCUCACAACCGAAGCCGGAACCAGCCUCCUCUUCCGCACCAUUUCCUCGCUCUGAGAUUAUCCAGAAACUCAGCGUCUUCAUUUCCCAUACCGACACUUUCAUUCAACAGCAUGAGGGCGAUUAUGAGAUUGCGCUGCGCGGCCAGAUGCUCAUUCGGCAGGUUCUCGACCGCGUCCUAUCGCCUGUCUCUGGGCCGCCUCUGUCGGACCCCUUGGGCGCCGGGAUCCCAAUGGCAGACGAUAUGGAUUUUAUGGCCAUGCUGGAGAGCUUUGACUGGGAGCAGGAGAUUCGUCCAACUUUGAGUUGA